AUGAUGUACAGAAGUGCUGCCCUUUGGCUCGGCAAUAUGGAACCUCUCAACAACUCCCGUUCCUUUAUGAGGUCGGGAUUUGGGGGCUCAACAUCCUCCUUUCCCGCGGCUGUGCAAUGGGAGCUUCCACUCUUGCAUGGUGGAUGUCAUUUGACAGUAGCCGGACGUGCUAGUGGAUGGUGGGGAUCCAAUCUUAGAGUUGCGGAUGCAAUAAGCUUGGAUUCACCAUUGUGUUUGACUUUACAGCACCAGCCUCCGAACACUUUGAAUUUAGAGGACAAAACUUCAAUGAAGGUGAUAUCGUGCGACAUGAUGGCUAGAUAUUGGAAGAAUGCUUGA